UGAAGCUAUUGUGGAUCAAGGAGGCACCAGCAAUGUUGUCAAUAUUCAUUAUGAGCCAGAAGAGCUGGAAGGACACAGGACAUUGUAUGUUGGGGUGCGGAUGCCUUUGGUAAGACAGGGCCACAGACAUCACAGAACUCAUGGCAGGAAACACAGGGUACGAGAGCGGGCAAAGGAAUCCAUCCAAGAAGAAAAUGAGUCUCACGAUACCCCAUCUCAGCGAGUUCAGUUUAUCCUCGGAAUGGAGGAGGAUGAGGAGCACGUUCCCCAUGAUUUGUUCACAGAAAUGGAUGAAAUCUGUAUUAAAGAGGGUGAAGAUGCAGAAUGGAAGGAAACUGCAAGGUGGGUGAAGUUUGAGGAAGAUGUAGAAGAUGGAGGGGAGCGUUGGAGCAAACCGUAUGUGGCUACGCUCUCUUUACACAGUCUCUUUGAGCUGAGGAGCUGCAUCAUCAACGGGAUUGUUCUUCUGGAUAUGUGUGCAAACAGCAUAGAAGAGAUUGCAGACAUGGUAUUGGAUAAGCAUGAGCCUUCCAGUGAGCUGGAUGAAGCCACCCGUAAGAAGGUCCGGGAAGCUCUUCUGAAAAAGCAUCAUCAUCAGAACGAGAAGAAGAAAAACAACCUGCUCCCAAUUGUCCGCUCUUUUGCGGAGGUUAGCCAGAAAAAGUCAGAUCCUCACUCAAUGGAUAAGACGGGAAUGAACACGCUGACUCUCCAGCCUCCUUCCAAUACCCUAGAAGUGAGAAAUGGAGCAAGCCAUGAUACCACUCCGACGGACCUCAGCAAGGCAGAGCUUCAUUUCAUGAAGAAGAUCCCCAUCGGAGCGGAAGCCUCAAAUGUUCUUGUGGGAGAGCUGGAUUGUCUUACGCGGCCCAUUGUUGCAUUUGUGCGCUUAACACCAGCAGUUCUGUUGUCAGGAAUGACAGAGGUUCCAAUCCCUACCAGGUUUCUGUUUUUCUUGCUGGGCCCAGCAGGGAAAGCACAACAGUACCAUGAAAUUGGAAGAUCAAUGGCAACCCUAAUGACGGAUGAGAUUUUUCAUGAUGUUGCUUACAAAGCAAAAGACCGCACUGACAUUUUAGCUGGGAUUGAUGAGUUUCUAGACCAGGUGACAGUACUUCCACCUGGAGAAUGGGAUCCAUCAAUUAGAAUUGAACCACCCAAAAAUCUCCCUUCCCAGGAAAAGAGAAAGAUGCCUGGAACACCAGGAGUCCCCAACGGAAAUGCUUGUCAUGUUGAACCAGAAGAUCACAGUGGGCCAGAACUUCAGAGAACAGGAAGACUGUUUGGCGGUUUGAUCCAGGAUCUGAAACGGAAAGCUCCUUGGUACUGGAGUGACUACAAAGAUGCUAUAAGUUUGCAGUGUUUAGCUUCCUUCCUCUUCCUGUACUGUGCCUGCAUGUCUCCUGUGAUCACCUUUGGGGGGUUGCUUGGAGAAGCAACAGAGGGGCAAAUAAGUGCAAUGGAAUCCUUAUUUGGUGCCUCUAUGACGGGUGUGGUGUAUUCCCUCUUUGCUGGCCAGCCACUCACUAUCUUGGGGAGCACCGGGCCGGUACUGGUCUUCGAGAAAAUUUUGUUCAAGUUCUGCAAAGACUACGGGCUUUCUUAUCUUUCCCUGCGGACCUGCAUUGGCUUGUGGACUACUUUCAUGUGCAUCCUUCUUGUGGCAACGGAUGCCAGCUCUCUCGUCUGCUACAUCACUCGCUUUACGGAAGAAGCAUUUGCCUCCUUGAUCUGUAUCAUUUUCAUCUUUGAGUCUCUGGAAAAAUUGCUCAGCCUGGGGCACACCUACCCGAUUCAUAUGAACAAUGACCUGGACCAGCUGAGCUUGUAUUACUGCAAAUGCACAGCUCCUCAGAAUCCCAGCAAUUCCACUCUGAACUACUGGAAUACCAGCAACAUCAUCCCUUCUGCUGUUCCAUGGGCUAAUCUCACAGUUUCUAAAUGUAAGCUGAUACAUGGAGAAUUUAUAGGACCUGGAUGUGGACACGAUGGCCCUUAUACUCCUGAUGUUCUUUUCUGGUGUUGCAUCUUGUUUUUUACCACCUUUGUCAUGUCAAGCACACUGAAGCAAUUCAAAACCAGUCGCUACUUCACAAAAAAAGUACGAGCCAUGAUAAGUGAUUUUGCAGUAUUCAUUACCAUCUUGACUUUGGUGUUGAUCGACUUUUUAAUUGGCGUCCCAUCACCAAAGUUGAAAGUCCCCAGUGUCUUCAGGCCAACAAGAGAUGACCGUGGGUGGCUCAUUAACCCAAUAGGUCCCAACCCCUGGUGGACAGUGUUAGCAGCUAUCAUCCCUGCUUUGCUCUGUACCAUACUGAUAUUUAUGGACCAACAAAUCACUGCAGUUAUUGUGAACAGAAAGGAACAUAAACUGAAGAAAGGAUGCGGCUACCACCUGGACCUUUUCACGGUGGGCAUCAUGAUUGGGGUGUGCUCAGUUAUGGGACUGCCUUGGUUUGUUGCUGCCACCGUCCUUUCUAUCAGUCACGUGAACAGCCUCAAGCUGGAAUCCAGCUCGGCAGCACCUGGAGAACAGCCUAAAUUCCUGGGCAUACGGGAGCAAAGAGUCACUGGCCUCAUGAUCUUUGUGUUGAUGGGCCUCUCUGUUUUUAUGACGAGUGUAUUACAGUUUAUACCCAUGCCUGUCCUGUAUGGAGUGUUCCUGUACAUGGGCGUUUCUUCCCUGAGAGGAAUUCAGUUCUUUGAUCGCCUCAAGCUGUUUGGCAUGCCUCCUAAACAUCAGCCGGAUUUCAUCUACCUGCGGCACGUCCCCUUGCGAAAAGUGCAUCUCUUCACUGUAAUCCAGCUGACUUGCCUCAUCCUGCUCUGGGUUAUCAAGGCAACUCCUGCAGCUAUCAUCUUUCCCAUGAUGGUUUUGGCCUUGGUCUUCGUCCGGCAGGUCAUGGAUUUCUGUUUUUCAAAAAGGGAACUAAGCUGGCUCGAUGAUCUCAUGCCAGAGAGCAAGAAGAAAAACCUGGAGGAUGCCGAAAACAAAGCAAUUUCUGACGAGGAGUCUGAAAAGAUGAUGGAAAACGGUCAACAAACUGUGAUUGAAAUACCGGUAGUGAAUACAAAUUAUCUGGUGGUGCCAGGAACUGAAGCAAUGACACGCAAUAUGUCAUCAAGAAAUAACAACAGGGCAGAUCCGGCGGACAUCAACAUCUCAGAUGAAAUGUCCAAGACAACUGUGUGGAAGACUAUCACCAUGAAUACAGAAAAACUCUAAAUCCAAAGAGAAGAGCUUUGCUUAUUCAAGCCUCUUGGCUUUGGGCAAGGAGGAGGAGGAGCAACACAUGAAGAGAUGACUCAGGGAAGAGCAAAACUGUGCAAACAAAGGUGGAAAAAUACUUUCAGAAUGGAGAAAGGCACAAGCUAACAAACUGCCCCGGGUGCUUUCUUCAUACAAGUAACUGGGGUUCAUAUUAAAGCCAUUUAGAAGUUUUCUUUGAUUGUGUGCUUCAGUGGGCAUUCUAAAUAUCUUCAGACCAGCAAAUCAAGACGCACACGCAGUCGUUGAAAGUUCAGUGUUAAAGCCUCCGUGUGUGUGUGUGUAUGCGUUUGCUGUGUUUGCAGUUUCUUAGUCGU